AUGCGGCCAAGUGUCUGGGCCAUGGUGGCCGCCGGGCUGUGGGUCCUGUGCACGGUGGUCACAGCGGUCCCCCGGCGCUGCCUGCUCUCGCACUACCGCUCGCUGGAGCCCCGGACGCUGGCGGCGGCCAAGGCGCUGAGGGACCGCUACGAGGAAGAGGCGCUGAGAUGGGAGCCGCGCAACUGCUCCUUCCGCCCCAGGAGGGAUCCUCCGCGGCCGUCGUCCUGCGCUCAGCUCCGCCACGUGGCCCGGGGCAUCGCGGACGCCCAGGCCGUGCUCAGCGGCCUGCACCGCCCGGAGUUGCUCCCCGGCGCCGGCCCGAUCCUGGAGCUGCUGGCGGCCGCAGGGAAGGACGUGGCGGCCUGCCUCGAGCUGUCACGACCAGGCUCCUCCAGGAAGGUCCCCGGGGCCCCGAGGAGGCGUCACAAACCGCGGAGAGCUGACUCGCCUCGGUGUCGCGAAGUCAGCGUGGUCUUCAACCUCCUGCGCCUGCUCACGUGGGAGCUCCGACUGGUUGCGCACUCCGGGCCUUGCCUCUGA